GAUAGCGACAGAGCAUUACAGCCCUACGUCUCAGUUGGAACACUGAACACUCUUAUCAUUAACUCACUAAACCUGCACAAUAUUUGUAUUCGACAGAAACUAGAAGAAGCUAAUUUAUGCCUUUUGUUCGUUGACCACAAACCCAUUUGGCGCAUCAGACCUUCUGCGACCUCUUGGAGAAACUCACUUGUUCCCAGCAGCAGACUUCUGACUUUUGUGCCACAGUAUCAAAGCUUUCCUUUCGACAAGGAUUGACACCUCGCAAGCAAAAUAUCAAGGUGCUUGGGUUCUUUAAGACAGGAUGAUGAUCUGUUGCAUCCAAAUCCUGCUGUUGUUGGGUGUUCAGCUGGCUCUUUCAAUCCCCAACUUCUUCUACCAUGACUUUCGCAAAGGAAAUGGAAACAAAGAAAUUCACUUCAGUGGUGUGAAGCUCCAUGUGGACUCUGCUCAGCCUGCAGUGUUUGCAGCCACAGGGGAUAAUGUCACGCUGCCAUGCAGGUUUUGGUAUGAGCCCGAGUUGACCUCACCAAGGGAACCCCGGGUCAAGUGGUCCUGGCAGCCUGCAGCUGGGGGACAUGAGACAGACGUGCUGGUGGCUAUCGGCUCUCGAAGUCGAAGUUUUGGGGAAUUCAGGGGUCGUGUGCAGAUCAGACAGGAUUUCCCAGGAGACGCCGCACUUGUGAUGACUAACCUAAUGUUAAAUGAUACAGGCCGUUACCACUGUGAGGUCGUGGACGGACUGGAGGACAAGAGCACUUCAGUUUAUUUGGAGUUACGGGGUGUGGUGUUUCCCUACCAGCACCCUCGUGGUCACUACCACCUCAGCUUCCUGGCAGCCCAGCAGGCCUGUGAGCAGCAGGCCUCCACACUGGCCACCUUCUCCCAGCUCUUCCAGUCCUGGAAGGAGGGCCUGAACUGGUGCAAUGCAGGCUGGCUGGCUGACGGGACCGUCCAGUACCCCAUGACCCGGCCCAGAGUGCCCUGCGGAGGGGACGGCCUGGCCCCAGGUGUCCGGAGCUACGGCAGACGGCACCUGCAGCUUCAUCGUUAUGAUGUCUUUUGCUUCUCCUCUACACUCCAAGGACAGUUUGAAGUAAAUGAGCAGAAUUACCUUUAUUUUAAGUCAACAGUCUCACUCUUGGACGUCUGCUGUCUAAUGUUGGAGGUAAAGUCUACUAUCUGCAACCCUCUCACACGAUGAACCUGACGGAGGCCCAGCAGGCGUGCCAGGAGGACGGAGCACAAGUCGCCAAAGUGGGACAGCUGUACGCCGCCUGGAAGCUCUCAGUGCUGGACCGCUGUGACGCAGGCUGGCUGGCUGAUGGAAGCGUUCGGUAUCCCAUCACCAGGCCCCGGAGAAACUGUGGCCCCUCAGAGCCAGGGGUGCACAGUUUCGGCUUCCCUCCUCCACAGCACAAACACGGGGUCUACUGCUACAAGUCAGGGGAUGAAUUAAUGUAGAACCAUUCUCGAAUUGGGGGUCAGAAAUGCAAAGAUGGCACAAUUUUCCUUAAAAACGUGAAUCCUUAUGAGCAUUCUUGUCAUUAUAACUGUGUACAUUUUGGAAACCUAGGCCUAAGUGUGCAGUGAGAAUUAACAGGAGGGAAAUAGCAGAACCUUUUUUUUUAGAUUAAAGAAAAAUAUAUAACGUAUAUACCUUUGAGCGCUAAUGCCUUGUAUUUGUUUGUAGAUUAUGUUUGUAUGGUUAUGAAUACGCUUUCAAAAUGAUUAUGAAGAACAGACAACCCAUUAUUACCACCUUCUUGUCUUGCGUGUAAUGCAGUAAUUUCCUAGAAUGCAUGGUUUGAGCUAUUUCCGAGUAAUGUCUUCACUGUCCUUUGUAAAUGCAUGUGACAAUAAAAAAGUUAGUUAGAAGAGA